GACAUGGUGAUGGGACGGAAAAUGGCGGCUGUUACACCGCAUUAACUUUAUGCCAUACUAGUAUUAACAGCAGCAUGUACGCCCUUUUAUUGUAGUGUAUUAGAAAUAUCUGAGUAUUGUUAUUUUAAUAAGACUUUAGGUCAUGUUGUUUUUUUCUAUCUGUACGAGCAGGACGUUUCAAAAAGCUGGAUACGACUUGGUAUGGUGAAGACAAGGAACAAAGCUCGAGUAUUCAGACAGGCUUGAUUUUAUCAUAACGAUACAUUUCUAUACAUUUUCACUUGUUACUGAAAUUGGCCUCUUUAAAUGAGUUUGGCUCCACAUUAAGCUUCCCAUACCCAGCUGCCUUUGGUUCAGCAAACCCACUGUGAAGUCAGUGAGGUUAGGUUAACGUGAGAUGAGUUUUAAAGCUAUCCAAAGACAACAAAUGACUUACGUUCGUCUCAGUUAGCUAGCCAGGAGACUUUCUUCUGUUUCAACUUAAGCUAAGUUAGCCGAGUAGUAGAGCCACCGUUUGAACAAACUCCCUUCAGCUCCUUGUUUACUAUCCGAUGGAGCCGAGCGGCGUUACGGUACAGCCGACGGUGGUUGUUCGGAACCCUCUACGUUAACACUCUGCGCUGUUAAAUACCCGCACUUGGUUGGGCAGAGCUCCUGUUUCCUGUGAUAAUGGAUGAUUCCAAGCCACGGUACAGCAGAAGGCUGCGGGCCGGCACCCGGCGACGUUACCAUGACGACGGCAUCUCAGAUGAGGAGAUCGAUGGAAGGAGAACGUUUGACUUGGAGGAGAAAGUCAGCAGUCAGAGGUUCAGCUCUGACCGGGUCCUUCGCAUGGAGGGAAGAGACUUCACAUAUGAGUUUGUCCAGAGAGGUGGCCUCAGGGACCCAAUUGUCUUUGAGAAGCCUGAUGGACUGGGACUGAAGAUGCCCGGUGCUGACUUCAGUGUCAACAGUGUCAAGAUGCAUGUUGGUAGCAGACGUAUGAUCGAUGUGAUGGACGUGAGCACUCAGAAGGGGACAGAGAUGUCCAUGGCCCAGUGGACACGUUACUACGAGACCCCUCCGUGUCAGAGAGAGAAGCUCUAUAACGUCAUCAGCCUGGAGUUCAGCCACACCAAGCUGGAGAACCUGGUCCAGAGACCUGCCACAGUAGAUCUAAUAGACUGGGUGGACAACAUGUGGCCUCGUCACCUGAAAGAGAGACAGAGAGACUCGACCAACUCCAUCAAUGACAUGCAGUACCCCAAAGUACAGAAGUACUGUCUGAUGAGUGUCGAGGGCUGCUACACAGACUUUCACGUUGACUUGGGAGGGACGUCGGUGUGGUACCACAUACUGAGAGGAAGCAAGGUGUUCUGGCUGAUCCCUCCCACCCCUCAGAACCUGGAGCUGUAUGAGAACUGGGUGCUGUCUGGGAAACAGGGAGACGUUUUCCUCGGAGACCGGGCGUCUGACUGCCAGAGAAUUGAACUGAAACAGGGCUGCACCUUUAUCAUACCCUCAGGUUGGAUUCAUGCAGUCUACACUCCUGUGGACUCCAUGGUGUUUGGAGGAAACUUCCUGCACAGCUUCAACAUCCCCAUGCAACUUAACAUCUGUAAUAUAGAGGACAGAACGCGGGUUCCAGUGAAGUUUCGUUACCCCUUCUAUUACGAGAUGUGCUGGUACGUGUUGGAGCGCUACGUCUUCAGCCUCACCAAGACCUCCUACCUCACACCGGAGUUUCAGAAACACUCACUGGGCAUUGGUCUGAAGAAGCCGUCUGGCUCAGAUCUGGCCAAUGAGCAGGUGGAGGAGGAGGUUGGUGACAGUGAUGAAGAGGCUUCAGAGCAGCAGUCUGACAAGGCCGCAGUAAAGGUUCAUAUGACUCCCCUCGAGCUGGAGGGAAUGUGGAACCUGCUGGGUAAACUGGAGGCUCUACCCUCCAACAAGAAGUGUGUCCCAGCAGGGAUACACAACGCCCCGGCACUCAUUACACACAUCAAGGCCCUGCUGAAGGAACAUGCCAAUGACAAUCCCAAACUGUCCUACACAGGAAAGCCCAUCGUCAAGUGGCCAAAGAGACCCUCGUGGUACCAGCCUCCUCCUCCUCCACCGCCACCUCCUCGUCCUAAACUGACCUCCACUCCGAUCAUCCCACGACCACAGAAGCCAGCCUCCUCCAUGUCUGUGCUGAGACGACGCAGGGUCAGGUGUAAGCGCUGUGAAGCCUGUAUGAGGCCAGAGUGUGGGGAUUGUAACUUCUGCAGAGACAUGAAAAAGUUUGGAGGACCAGGGAAGCUCAAACAGACCUGUGUACUACGACAGUGUAUGUCUCCGGGCCUUCCUUUGUCUGCAGUGUGUGAGAUCUGCAAGGAGCCCAAUCAGGAGGAAACUGGAGACUCCUCCCUCACUCUGAUGGAAUGCUCCAACUGUGCUCAGAUAGUCCAUCCUGCCUGCCUCACGGUUCAGGGAGAAGGACUGGUGAAUAAAGAUCUGCCCAGUUGUUGGGAGUGUCCAAAGUGUGUCCAAGGAGUCACUGACCCAGAGUCAUCAGGCAGCGAUGAAUCGUUGGCUGCCGGCCACCAGCAGCACAUCCGUCCUCAUGGCCCCCUGGUCCUCAGGCUGGGCCCCGGGCCCUCUGCUACCAUAGGGGGUCCUGUGGGCUCCCAGCAUGAUGGGGAAGUGGUCCGCUGUGGUUUCUUCCCUCCUCCUCCUCCUCUUCCUUGCUGCUCUUCCUCCUCCUCAGCGUCACUUCUAUUGGUGGCGGCCCCUCUGCCUUCUCAGCCAAUCAGCUCGAGACUGCAGUCCAAAGGAGACAAAGGAGAAGGCCUUCCAGUGAAGCGAAAAUCUUCCUCCCUGCUGGACGCGCGCAUGGCUAAGAUUUACCGACGACAGAGACAUAGCCGCGAUGGGGACGACUCUGCCAGCGAUGACGAUGACGAAGCCUCUCACAGAAGAAGGAUGGUGCUCACUGCCCGAGGGGGGAGCCACUCUUCCAGGAGGGGGUUUGGUGCCAACAGGAGAGGCCUGCUGAGAGGAAGCUCGGCCCACAGAGGAAGCAGAGGAGGUCUCAUGACUCCCGGUUCCUCCUCCGCCCUCAAGCUAAAGCGAGGGAUGGGUAUGAGGGAGGUCGGGCGGAGGGGACGAGGGGUGAGGCUGCGGGGGGGCUCCAGGAUGCAGCGAAGGGGAGAUGAGUCCGAGGAGUCGGACGACGACGACGAAGACGACGAUGAUGAAGAAGAGGAGGAGGAGGAGGAAGAAGAGGACAGCGAAGAUCAGCGGCAUCGUCGACGCAGGAGGAGGCGCAGGACUGAUGAUGACGAAGACGAAGAUGAGGACAGCGAGGGGCAGGAGUUUGACCCUGAAGAGGAGGAGAUGGACACGCUGGAAGAUGAAGAAGAGGAGGAGGAGGUGGAGGAGGAAGGGCGCUGGGAUUCAGACCCAGAACCUCCGGUCCUCCUGGUGUCUGAUCUGAACGAUGACCUGCUGAGUGGCUCGUACCUGACUGUCACUCUACAGCGCCCCCACAAGGCCAAGAGACAAUCUGGCUCCAUCGUCCCAAAGCUGGAAGCAGCCAUGGGUCCGAGGACCGCUGCAGUGGGUGCCGGUGGUCAGCAGGGCUUCAUCCAGAGAAAGACCGCUCUGUCCAAACCUUCGCGACUCAAGAGCGGCGAUACCACAGGCGACAGCGUAACCCCCAGAGGACCCGGCAGGCCACGCCUGCGGGGUAACCAUGGCGACAGAAGUGCUAGAGAUCACUCCGCAUCUUCUUCAGAGGAGGGUGAAGCUGCUGCUCCUGCUGCACCCUCCUCUCUGUCACCUCCGUCCCUGCUGUCUCUGCCGUCCUUUAAGGACGUGGGCAACGAGAGAGGAGGGGAGAAGGAGGUGUGGGUGUCCGUGUUCAAAUACUUGAACAGAGCCGAGCUGCUGGCCUGCAUGACCGUCUGUAAGGCCUGGUACAAGUGGAGCUGCGACAAGCGUCUGUGGAGCCACGUGGACGUGAGCCGGUGCAGCCCACUCACUAACCAGGCCCUGGCAGGCAUCCUCAAACGCCAGCCCACCUCACUAGACCUGUCCUGGACCCCCUUGGCCAAGAGACAACUAAACUGUCUGCUCACCAGGCUCCCAGGUCUGAGGGAGCUGAGGGUGACUGGUCUGUCCUGGUCCUGUCUGUCAGCGAUGGUCUCUCCCACUCUGCCCUACCUGCGGCUGCUGGAUCUGCGCUGGUGUGAAGGCCUUAAAGACGCCCAGAUUAAAGAGCUCAUCAGCCCGCCUGGUUCAGAGUCGUCUCGCAGCAGACUGAGAAAUAUGGUGACGCUGCGUCUGUCCGGUCUGGACAUCAGCGAGUCCACUCUGAGGCUGCUGCAGCGCCACAUGCCCCAGCUGGAGAGGCUGGACCUGGCUCACUGCAAGGACAUAACCGACUCGUCCAUCGCCCUGCUGGCAGCAGCCGGGACUCACACCCGCAACAACCUCACUGAGCUCACGCUGGCGGGUUGCAGUGAGCUGACAGAUGGCUGUCUGUCCUACCUAAAGCGUCUCUCCUCCCUGACUCUGCUGGACCUCAGAGGCUGUAAGAGCGUCAGCAGGCGAGCCUGUGACGCCUUCAUCUCGGACCUGUCCCACGUCGCCCUGUACUGUAUGAUGGAGGAGAAGCUCAUCCAGCGCAUAGACUGACAGGAGCACCUCGUUACAGCACAACUUUGUGUAUCAUGUUCUUAAAAUCCUGGAAAGCACCAAACCUGGGGUUAGCUGACCCAACCAGCAUCUGUGGCAGUACUUUGGAGACGUCUCCUUUGGGUGCCAGAGCUCCUAAAGACCUCCACUUGCUCAAUCUUCUCUGCAAGACUACAAACAAGCAUUUCCCAAAGUGACAAAAUAUUCCUUUAAAAAGAUUUAUCUUGAAUGUUCCCAUUCCCUCCAUGUCUUCUGUCAUGGUUGGAAUGUAUGUGACGUUUAAUAACCAGAGGUCUGGUUACGUGUGAAACUACCUUUAUACAGACUGACACAGGAUGGAGCGCAGCUUGGAAGGCCAUUAUUUUUGAGAGUAAGAAAAUGGAAAAUAGAACACUGAUCCUGUUUUCUCACUAAAUAGUGUAUUAUGGAGUCUGUGUGUGUGCGCGCGUGUGUGUAUGUAUGUAUGUGUGUGUGUGUGUGUAUAUAUAUAUAUGUCUUUUACUUUAUGUUUCAUCCAGGUUAACAUUCACACAGACAAUUGACUUUGUACAUUUUUUUUUUCUACUUGUGUAAAAAAAUGUGAAUUGUUGGACUUUGUGUAAUAAACGGUGCUUCAGUUUAUAUAAGAA